AUGGCGGAAGGGCGUGUCAAGAAAGAAGCAGAGUCCACUAAAAUGAACGAUGAUUGCACCGCGAGGCAGCGGCGGCGAAGUAGUCGGACUCGAGAAUCGUACGACGAGAUCGCAGAGCUCGAAGCGGAAUUGCGUAGAGCGUACACCGCGAAGGAGCUGCGCGCGCAGUUCGUGGAACGGGAGACGGAGCGGUACAUCGAGAAGGUACGAAACCAACACGCUGCGAAACUGAUGCGUCUGGAGGAACGGGCCGCAAUGGAGGAGGAUCUUCGUCAAAGAUCCGAGAUCCGUCAGAAUACGGAAGAUUACAGGAGACAGCUGACGGGGCAAAUGACACGGAAACAGGAGGAAAGAGGCGUCAUGAUGGAGGAAGCUCGCAGAGAGAGGGAGAUUCUAACGGAAGUCGACAGGAUGAGGGAGCAGUGCGAAAAAUUCCGAGCGUUUAAGGCCAAGAAUGAGCUGGCUGAUAGCAUCAGGCGAGAGCGUUUGAUCGUUCAGGAGAUGAAAAUAAUCCGUUGUCAGGAGGAAAUGGAGGCUGAAACGAGGAAGUUUAUAGAGGACAAAGAAUAUCUCCAAGAGAUCGAACGACGAACGAUCGAGGCAAAAGAGUUCAGGAAGGAACAGGCGCGAAAUAGGGAACGAGCAAUUCGUGAAAUAGCGAAGAUACUGAUGGACGUGAACUCUCGAAAAGAGGAAAGGGAGAUGGUCAUUGUUGAGUUGAUGGCUGAAGAUGUGAAACGGGAAUUGUUGAUCAAGGAACAAGAAUCGAUGACCAGGCGAAAGAAGCUGAGAGACCAGCUGGCGGCUGAUUUGGAGGAACAGAUCGUGUUCACGGAACAAUGCAAAGUACGGUUUGUGGAGCAGGACAGGGCAUUCGCGGAGGAAAUCAUGAGGAUGAUUGCAGAGGAUGAGAGGACUGCUAGGCUCACCGCGGAGGCUAGACGAAGAGUGCAGUUGCAGUAUCGAGAGGAUUUGGUUCGACUGAUCGAGACACGCAAGAGGAUACGAGAGGACGAGGUUGCUAGAAUGGAAGAGAUUGCUGAGAAGAGAAACGAACGGGAGAGAAUUAAUCUGGAGCGUGUCAGAGAGGAGAGAAAACGAUUGUUGGAGAAACAUGCGUCGAAUGUGAUUGAUUUUCUUGAUAAAAGUAUUCUCACCGAAGAAGAGGAAGAUAUUGUUGCUAGAACAUUAGAAUAA